GUAAACGCAACCCAAAAAAUGACGGAUUUUGACUUUGACAGCCGAUCAACAUGCAUUUUAAAUAAACAAAUUGCUCGCAUUGCUCCUUUAAACUUCACCAAAUUCCUCAUUAUCCAAAUUCACCGUACCAUUAAUCGCCAGACAUAUUUCAACUAACGGUCAGGGUAACAUUUCUAACCUUCAAAAACUGCUAAAUACAAUGCCGAAAGAACCCAAACAUAUUGUUGAGGCACAAAAGCAAAGAAUAAAAAUUAAACAGAAAAAUUCUAAAUAUGUACCGGGCAGGGUAACAUUACAGAUUUUGGGUACGGGAGCCAAAGGGGCUCCGAGAUCUGUUUAUUUAUUUUCUGACCAAAAUCGGUACCUUUUUAACUGUGGAGAAGGCACACAAAGGUUAGCACAUGAACAUAAAACAAAAUUAGCUAAAUUGGAGCAUAUUUUUAUCACUCAUCCUUCAUGGAAAAAUAUUGGUGGACUACCUGGCACUGCCUUAACAAUUCAAGAUGUUGGGGUGCCAGAAAUCACUUUGCAUGGACCUGAAGGCCUUAAUGAAAUAUUUCCUGCAACUAGAAGAUUUGUUGUGCUAAGAGAUUUAAAAGUGAAGGUCGCAGAGUGUACUGAAAACAAUCAUUUUGAGGAUAAUGUUAUGUCUGUUAAAUAUGUUCCUAUAUGUAAAAAUGUGAAGAUUGAUAAUGACUGUAGUGAUGUAGCAGAUCAAGAUGUUCAAGCGACUGUUGAUCAGAAUGAAGUCUCAACUUCAACAAGAAGUACAAGGAAAAGAAGCAGAAGGCGGUCAUCAUCCAGGUCGAGCCAAGAAAGCAAUGUGAUGGAGGAUAAUACUGAUUAUUAUGCUCAUGAACGUAAGAGAUCAAGAAAAAAAUAUAGAAGUAGAUCCAGAUCCGUAGGCCUUAAUCCUGAAAGUGGUAAAAGGACGAUCCCGGAAAAUAUCGAAUCAAUAACUCAGAGUUUACUGAAAGAGACGAAAGAAAAAAACGUUUCAAUGUGCUACGUUUGUCGUUUACAACCGCGACCGGGUGCACUCAGCCUUGAUAAGUGUGUGAAAAGUGGUGUGAGACCCGGACCGAUUUUGGGCCGAUUAAAAAACGGAGAAGACGUUACUUUACCCAACGGCACAGUCGUGAAGAGUAAAGACGUUUGUGAGCCCGAUGAUCCUGGACCUAUAUUCAUUGUUGUUGAUUGCCCAUCUCCAGACUAUAUUCAAUCCCUGGCCACAAACUUAGAACUAAGUAAACAUCAAAAUAGUGCCCAGUCAGAUGAAGAUCUUGCAGCGUUGAUUGUUCAUUUUACUUCCAAAGAAGUGAUGGAGCUUCCUGAUUAUCAGCAAUGGAUGGAUAAAUUCUCUCCCAGCACUGUACAUAUACCGGUGAACGAACUCAAUUCAUGCAUGGGCAGUGUAGCCGUCCAUAGAAUUCAAUAUAAAUUAAAUUUGCUUUCUGAGGACUUUUUUCCAUUACUGCGCGAUCAUGGAACACCAGAUAUUUGCGAGGCAGUUAAUCAUCAAACAAAGAGGCAAAAAUGUGAUGACGUAGGCAUAGAAAAUCUAAAAAUUAAUGGUGGCAGUAAAUUGGAAAUUAAUGAUUUAACAAAAAAUCAUAACCUGGAGAUCGUUGGUUGUUUAAGUAGUUAUCAUUUGAGGCCUAAACAAGGGAUUGACAGUUCUUCUCGGGUACAGUUAGACCCGCAAGAAUACAUAAACGAGAUCACAUCGUUAGAAGAUUUCCCAAACGCCCUUGCAGAAUUGAAACAGACAGUGUCUUUCUCUAAAUCCCAACUCAGGAUUAGAGAACAUCCGAAAGUUAUAUUUUUAGGUACUGGCUCGUGUAUCCCAAAUAAAACGAGAAACACUAGUGGAAUACUAUUGCAGACAAGCGAGUCUAAUAUUAUAAUAAUGGACUGUGGAGAAGGAACUUGUGGCCAAAUAAUAAGAUUUUUUGGACCAGAGAAAGGUGAUGAGGUACUAAGCAACAUAAAAGCCGUAUAUAUUUCACAUUUACACGCUGAUCAUCAUAUUGGACUGAUAGGACUAAUACAGGGUAGGAAAAAGGCCAUGGAAAGACUGAAAAUUAAUCCUCAGCCCCUUUAUUUGUUUGCUCCACAACAGAUAUUGACGUGGCUUUACUUUUAUGAUAGAUGUUUUGAAGAGAUAGAGGAUCAGUAUGAGCUGGUACCAAAUGGAGAACUUAUUUUUAACCAGAAUAGUUAUCCAAUAGAAAAGAAGAAUGAGAUUCUUAACAAUUUGGAAUUUUGUGAUAUUAGUACUUGUCUAGUUAAGCACUGUCCAAAUGCAUUUGGAGUGUCCGUUAUUCAUAAAUCUGGAUAUAAAAUUACGUAUUCGGGAGAUACUAUGCCUUGUGAGCAGCUAGUCGAAUUGGGAAAAAACUCUGACGUAUUAAUUCACGAAGCCACAAUGGAAGAUGAAUUGGAAAAAGAAGCUCUCAUUAAGUUACAUUCGACCACUUCCCAAGCCAUUCAGGUCGGAAAAGAUAUGCAGGCAAAAAAUAUCAUUUUGACACAUUUUAGUCAAAGAUACGCAAAACUUCCGAGAUUUAAUGACAAUUUUGCCGCGAAUGUUAGUAUAGCCUUUGAUAAUAUGCAGAUACGAUUGGACGAGUUACCGUUAGUUCCUCUUAUGUAUCCCGCACUUAAGGUCAUGUUUGCAGAAGACUGUGAAGAAAUGGAAACCAAAUCUGCCAAAAGACAGUUAAAGUCUGAAAGACAAGCCUCAUUAGACAGAAGCAAAAUGGAACAGAAUAGUUGAUAAUAAUGAAAAUAAAUAUUUUAUUAUAUUCAUUGGUUAUGAGAUAAUUUAUUACACUUUAUUUUUGUUAAAAUAAAGGGCGUAUUAUAUACUGUA